AUGGCAGAAGCCGACCCGUGGGCGGCAGGAGGAGACCCUUGGGUCCAGCCGGCCCGCGAAGCCGCAGACUUGGGUGAGGAUGGACCUCCCCCUUUAGAGCCCAUGCCGGAUGCCUCUGGCAAAGAGCAACUUCGUCAACCCGACGUUCUUCAGAGUGAUGAGCCAGUGGCCGGCAUGCCUGUGCCGACUUUUGCGUCGUCGAGACCCAAUCCUUCGGGGGCUGAUUCGUGGGGCGAAGCAGCUGGGGGAGAGGAUUGGCGCCGUCGCCGACAACCUCGUGAAGAAGGUAGUGAAGACACUGAGCCCAGCAACCACAGUGGAAGUGAUGUCCGCAGUGGCCCCUUCAGUCGACAUGCCUCCUGGGGAUCGGGAGGGACUACGCAGCCGUCGUGGCGCGGAUGGGAUGAGUGGCGCGCUUGGGAUAGCGGGUCAUGGCGUCGCAGCGACUGGCGACGCGGCGAUGGUGGUGGCUGGUACAACUGGCGCGACGUUGAGGCCCGGGGCGGCGAGCCGACUUCGAGACCUACUACCACCGCGGCGGGCGCGGCGAGAACUUCGAGCCCUACUACAUCGGCGGCGGGCGCGGACGCGGCGGCCAGAACUUCGAUGCCUUCUACCACCGCUGCCGAACAGAGGCCUGAUCCCAGGACUACCGCAUCUUGGCGUCCGAGCACAGGGGCGAACUCGGAGAUCCGCAAGCCGAACAACACCGCCGGGACAACCUCCUCGCCCGGGGCCCUCGCGACGAACAUGGACGAGAAGGCACCUGGCGGCGCCCGCGUGCCCGGGCCCUCAGAGAGAUUGAUCAUCCCCACUUUCGCCGGGUCCGGGGAGAACGGGGAGCUCGGGGUGUCAGCCAGGAGCUAUCUUUGA